GAGGAUCGGUGAAGAGCAAGACUGCUGGGAUAAUUCUGAUUACCCAAAAGAUUCUCCGUACUACUCAACUCACAAUAAGAAGGUUAUUGGUAAGUUUAAGGAUGAAGCUGAAGGAGUACCAAUAAUUGAGUUUGUUGGGUUGAGGUCGAAGAUGUACUCAUAUGUGAAAGAAAAUGGUGGAGGUGGAAUGACCGCCAAAGGAGUCAAAAAGUAUGUCAUCAGAAAUAAGCUCACUCAUGAGAACUUCAAGAAUGUAAUUAAGACGAAAGGUAGGAUGAGACAUAAUAUGAACACAAUCAGGAGCAUCAAGCAUACAAUUGGAACUUACGAAAUGAGGAAGGUCACUCUGAGUUGCUUUGAUGAUAAGAGGUACAUCUUGGAGGACGGAGUUACCAGUUAUGCUUACGGACACUACCUGACAAUGAAGGAGGCAGUCGAAUGUAAAGUUGAACCUGUAAGUGAACUGAUAAGAGUCGGAAGGCUACCCGGAGAAUUCACCCAAGAGGAAGCGAAUCGGAUGAUAAUAGAAAGGUUGAAAAAUAAGUGCAGAAAAUUACGGCCCAUUCGAAGAACUCUAGCAGAUCUUAUACUAGCUAGAAAUAAUAAGGACACAUUACCACCUGAAUACGAAGGUUACACAGAAGCUCUAGUAAACGAGGCUAGGGCGUAUGGAAAGUAGCUGUUAAAGCGCUGAUUGGGAGGUUUUUAUGAAAGGGUGUGUGUACCCUCAGAGGGGGAAACAAAAGAUGUUGAAAAGGCUUUGGAAUAGAGGAAUUGAAUAAGAUUGGUGGAGUUGAAAUUUGAAGAUCUGAGAAAAGUGGACCGUUCUAAUUUAGGAAAAAAAUCUAGCGUUUCAGAAAAACCAAUAUGGUCUAGAAAAUAAAAUCAUAAGUAAAAUAUGAGAAUUUAGACAGAGAAUUGGUUUACGAUUGCGAAUCGUAAAAAAGUCGAGUGGUCUAGACACGCUAGUUCCUAUACUACUAUCCUCAGUUGAGGAGUCGUCUUAUACCCUCUUGUUUGAGGAGUUGUCUUAUAUCCUCAGAUUGAGGAUUUGUCUUAACUUUUGGCUACACACGGCUGGUGGUGCGGCGACUCAACCUGUCAGCCAGGCCAGCCGCUGUGAAAAUUAUUAUCCAUUCUCAUAUUUUCCUAGACAAUGAGAAACUAUUUUUUAGCAGAAGGGUAGUACCGUUUUGGCGCUUGCCCUCCUUUAAAAGUUAUGCUACUCUCUUUAAGCUUUCUCGUUUAGAAUGCCACCUAAAAAGUCGCAAGCGAGGAAGCGAGCCCUUCAAACGGCAGGCGAAGGCCAUCAGCGCAACGCAGCCGUCGUCAAUCAACUAGGAACUCGACGUUGGCGUCCCGUUCGACUGUAG